AUGGGUGUUUGGAAUGAUUUAUUGGCGUCUUUUGCAGCGUCCAAGGCUCCUACAAAGUCUGUUUUUAUUCUAGAUCAAUUAUAUUUAGAUGAAGAAUCAUUCUUGACACCAACACUGAGGAAUCCAAAAGCCAAUGAAUUUGGAGUGGGAUAUACAUAUAUUCAAUUCAAGGAUGAAUAUGGUGAAUUAUUAUCAACACUUCAAAUCUAUACAUUACCAGGUGAUUAUAAAGAACGUCAUAACCCAUUGAUUCAGACUGUUUUGAAAUCUUUAGAUCUAUUGAAUUCAUUGAUUAUACCGCUCUUGGACUAUACAGAAACACCACAUUGUUGGAUAAGUUCUUUAAAAUCAUGGAUUUCAAUAAUUGAUGAGAUUCUUCCAAUAGCAGGAAAAGAAACAGAUUCAAAUAAAACUGAAAUUAAGGAUGAAUUGAGUACUAUUACAUUAAGUGUUAAUGUUUUAAUCGCAGUGGUGAAUACAGAAACUAGACCUGAUUGGGAAUAUUCAAAUUUUGAAUUCAUCCAAGUUAUACUUAGAUUAUUAUCAUUGAUACAUGGAUUCAAUUUAAUUUAUACAUCAUUAUUAAGAAAGGAUUCAAGAAUAUCACAAUUAGUCUCUUCAAUAUUGAAAAUCGAUAUAACAGGGAAAGUUUUACCUAAAUUAGAACCAAACUUAAUUGAUCAUACAGAAAUUUUCGUUCCAAUUGGUAUUGAUACAAUAGGGAAAAUUAGAACUAUUAAUGAUGAUAUAAAUCCAAAUGAAAUAUUACCAAAAUAUGAUUUUUUGAAAAAACCAGAAGAUGAUGAACUUGUGAAAUAUUAUGAAGAUAUAAUUCCCAAACCUCCACAAAAGAAACAGGUUGUUUCAAAUGGUGAUGAUGAAGAUGAGAAAUCCACUACUGCUCAAGCUGAUAUAUCAUAUCAAGAGUUCCUAACGAGACUAUAUGAUAAGAGAAAUAAUUCACAAGAAGCUCAUUUACGAAGUUUUAUAGAGAAUGUGAAAUCAUAA